UCAGAACCCCUAUCAAAUUUAGUAUCAUCCAAGAUGGCAGCCAACAACACAGAAAAGUGGCCGGAGAACCAAAACAUUGGAGAUUCAGGGCAAAAUACGGACGACUGGGCCUCAUCAGAGACUUAUAUCAGCGACGAGGAGCUUCUGAGAGCUGAGAGAGGUGCACUGCACCCUCAAAUCAACAACAAACACGGGGGAAGUGUAGAUAAUGUCCCGGGAAGUGCGAGUGGUUCCGCACCAGCAAAAACAAGCCCGCCAAAAUCAAACCAGUGUGGUCAACACACCUGCCCUUGCCGUUCCUCAGCGAAGUGCCCGUCUGUCGAACCACCGAUUCACGAUUGUCAGGCGGUUUCAAAGGCCAACAGCACCCUUAAAAUUGGAGAUGAAGGUUCAAGGAAUGUCUCAUCGCCGGCCCCGCCAUUCUCUGAAUCACUAACAGAUGAAGACUUACUAGAAGCUGCGCUGACGCCGCCAUCGCAAGGUAACCAAGACAGGUCAACAUGCACGACUACGGACAACUCUCAAGGCAUAACCAAGAAAUCAAUUCCUCCUUCACAAGAAAGUCAGACAUCUUUAACCGACAGUGACCUUCUCCUGGUUGGUCUACAUGAAGAGUCAAGUUCAGAGUCAAAGGAUGAUGGGAGCUAUGCUGCAAAGAAGAGACGGACGGUGCCACUUUAUCUGUACAGGUGGGGCUACCUGUGUGUCACGGAUAUUUGCUCCCAGAGCUGGUGCGAACAACAGAUGGUUUACACCUACGCACCCCCGGGAGACGUUGAAGUGGUAGAGUCCGCCCAGAUGAAGAAAGGGGCCACCAUGCACAAAGAGAGAGAGUUGGAGGUUCAUGAUAUAGUCCCCAUCAAAGUAACAAGUGCAGAGGACUCGUGGGCAGUCAAGCUAUUAAACAUGAUCGCACAAGUGACGAUGUUGCAGAGAGGCCAACAAUGUGUGAGGGAAAUCCAUGUGUUUGGAGAACCAUUCGACAUGGGCAUUUUCAUUGUUGGUGUCAUCGAUGAGCUGCGGUACUCGGAUAACGGACAUUUUGAACUUCUCGACUUCAAGACUCGUGGAAGCAAAUCAGUUCCCUCCAAAGCCCAGCAAAGAAAAGAGGGCAUACAAGUUGGCCUAUACAAGAGACUCUUCGAUGACUUGGUACUAGGUAAACUGAAGAAAGAGAGCAUUCUGAAACAUCUUAAGAGAAGUCCAGAUAAACCACUUGGAGAAGAGAUCAUUGAAUAUGGGAAGAAUGUGGGGAUCGCCUGCACAACUUUUGGAGAACUGUUGGACAUGGCACUGCUGUUGAUGGCACACUCAGACAUACCCUGUAUCGACAGCUUGAAGAUUGAAUAUCGCUACCAGGAUGAUGAUGAUUCGUUCAUGACAAAACCAGUGGAGUAUAAUGACAAGAUGAUGAGGAGAGAGCUUGGCCACUAUUUUGAUUUUUGGAAAGGUGAUCGUGAGGUGGAGGGAGUGCAGAUAGAGGAGGCCUGGAAGUGUGGGAAGUGUCCGUACGCUGAUCUCUGUGAGUGGAGACAGAAGAAGGAAGCAGAGAUACAAUCUCAACUUCUCCACAAGUGAAGAUA